UGCUAUUGCAGAGUCAUUUGUAUGUAUCAGCACCGUUCAAGCUGCCACCAUUUGUAACUGAUUCGGGAUUUUGAUAUUAAUUUCAACAGACGAAUUAUGGAACCGAUAUUCCUAGACAUGGCCCAAAUGGAAAAUUACCAACACGACUACUACAGUACGUACGGAGAUCAAAUGCAGUACUCCUACGAUUCUCCGCAGUACUCAGCGGCACAACCGUGCGCUCAACCUGGGUACGAUUACUAUCAAUACCAGAACGUAGCGGACCAGCUGGUGUACUCCGCUCCACCGGUACACGAUGCAGUCAUUGUACUGGCUACGGAUCAGCAAUCCGGAUCGUUCUCCAACAGCACCCAAUUUGACGCUGAAGUCGACACUAGUGUAAUGUCGUUCAGAACAGAAGCUGAAAUGCUGGAAUAUUUUAGCACUUUGGGAGGCAUCGACAACAUCCAGAUCUUGCCGACUAUCGGCGAGAUGGAAAAUACUGAGAAAUACAUCGAUCAGACCCUUGGUCAGUCUGUUCAGACGGAGGGCGUUGAACCGCCAACAACCAUUGACAGCAAGGAUCGUGAACCAGUGUCGCCAGACCAGCCGGAACAACCCGUCCAGCGAAAACCAGCAACCAAAUCAACGACCCUCACAGCACCGAAACGUCCCCGAACCCGCCACGUGUACGAGAACAGCUCGUUCGUGUGUGAACCCUGCGGGCGAACCUUUGGCCGGCGGAGCAGCUUACGGCAGCACAACAACGUACACCACUCGGGACCGCGCGAGCAUCGGUGCGAAGAGUGCGGAAAGCGGUUCCACACCGUGGACGAUCUGCACCGGCACGUGAAGCGACACGUGACCCUCCACAAACCGUACAAGUGCGCCGAAUGUCCGCGCCAGUUCAACUACCAACAGGACCUGGUUCGGCACGUUGCUGUGCAGCACGGCGUUGCCAAGUACGCGUGUCAACACUGUGGCAAACGGAUCGCCCGCCGGGAUCACCUGCUGGCGCACGAAGCCACCCACACGCGGAAGCAGGACCGGACGCAGCGACGGAAUCGGUUCCAGGAGUUGGCACAGCAACAAGUGGAGAACUGAGCUGGGAAGCUUAAUUGUUAAUGACUAUCAUAAUUUUAACUGUUAUGAAGAGCUUGAUUCUACGUUUGUUUUAAAUAGAAAAAAUCACAAAAAUAAAUUUAUGAUUUUAACAAAG